AGUAUUUUUGCACGUCUGGGAACAUGUCGUUGGAUAGUGAGCUGUCAUAUGCACAUCGGGAUGGGCGAUUGCUGGAAAUUAUUGACGAAAACUGGCAUAAGGACAAACUACCAAGUGACGACAUUGCUGUUCCAGAAUUUGAACUUCCACCUGUAGACGACAGUGACCACAAUGGAGCCACAGACUCACUAAAGGAGCAAGAACAGAAAUGGACUGAUCUUGGAAUACAGCAGCUACAAGAAUCACCUCAGCACACUGGAAACUAAAUGAAAACAGUGUACUUGACAAAACACUAUACUAAUGAAAGGAAAAGCCUCCGAGUGUCACCCAGACAAAGCCAUUGAAAUAAACUAUGCGCAAGUAACUAUGCAAAAGUGUUUUCACCUCUAACAAGUUAUCUAAACUAAUAUUUUCACUAUCAAAGCAUAGGAAGAAGAGUGGAGAAAUGCAAACAAUAUUGCCAUUAAAAGCUGUUAGGAUUGGAAGGAGAACAUUUGACAGUAACCAAUCAGUUGUCGUAGCAUCUCUAAACACAAGAUAUUUUUUCUUUUUCCCAGUUGCUUGAAAGUGUAGUCUAAAUUACAUUUAAUUACUUCAUGUUUUCCAAAACCAGAAUGCAUCACAAAUUUUUUUCAAAAGAAUAUGUGUUGAACUUUUAUUUAACUUUUUAUCUGGAAUUUUUUUUGUACAAACUCACAAAGCCAAAGUAUUGCUUAACUAGAACAACUUAACGUGUAAGUACAAUGCACUUAGUAUACAAAUAAUUUACUAACAAAAUGUAUAUUAUUUUGUGUAAAAUAUGUUUUGAAAAUGUAUAGUGUAUUUAUACCUGUACAAUUAACAAGAUAACCAAUUUGCAAAAAUGGAUUUGAUGUAAAAACAGUAUAAAUAUAAUUAAUUUGAUUAGAAUGUGGGAACGCUGCUGCUGUAGCAAAGAACUUGGAACAAAAUUAUAAACAAUAAAUAAAUUGACAUCAAAAGUUAAUAUUUGAGAUGCAACUUUCCAAAAGAACAAAGAAUGUGAACUUGAAGUCAACACACUCUGUAGAUUAUUUAAUAAACAUUCUGAUCACCAGAAGUGAUUCAAAUGUAA